AGCACUACACUCCAAAACACCACCGAGAGCCACAUAGCAUCAACCACACCUCCUCCUCCAUAUGCACCCUCCUCCCUCUUCCAUUCCUCCUCCUCCUUCUCCUCUUCAUAGAAGAGAGAGGAAGAUAAUUCUGUUGCUGUGAACAAGGAGGAGGAGAGGAGAGGCGAGAAGAGGGGAGGAGAAGAUGUUUGGGAGGGAUCCAUGGGGUGGAUCGCUGGAGAUAUCGAAUGCGGACUCGGCGACGGACGACGACCGGAGCCGGAACCUGCAGGACUACGACCGGGCGGCGCUGUCGCGGCAGCUGGACGAGACGCAGCAGAGCUGGCUCCUCGCGGCGCCCGGUGACCCCUCCGGCAAGAAGAAGAAGCGCUACGUCGACCUCGGCUGCGUCGUAGUCAGCCGCAAGCUCUUCCUCUGGACCGUCGGAUCCGUGCUCGGCAUCGGCCUACUUAUCGGCUUCAUCAUGCUCAUCAUCAAGACGGUGCCCCACCACCACCGCCCCCCGCCGCCCCCCGACGAGUACACGCAGGCGCUUCACAAGGCCCUUAUGUUCUUCAACGCCCAGCGCUCUGGCCCUCUGCCGAAGCAUAACAACGUGAGUUGGAGGGGGAACUCCGGCAUGAAGGAUGGUCUCUCGGACGACUCUGUCAAAAAGAAUCUGGUGGGAGGAUACUACGACGCCGGGGAUGCGAUCAAGUUCAACUUCCCCAUGUCCUUCGCCAUGACAAUGCUCAGCUGGAGCGUGAUCGAGUACAGUGCUAAGUAUGAGGCUGCUGGGGAACUCGAUCAUGUCAAAAAUAUCAUCAAGUGGGGCACUGACUACCUCCUCAAAACCUUUAAUUCCUCUGCUGACACUAUCGAUCGUGUCGUUGCUCAGGUUGGUCAAGGGGAUACUUCAAAGGGACCAGGUCCGAAUGACCAUUACUGCUGGGUGAGACCUGAAGACAUUGACUACCCCCGCCCGGUGUACGAAUGCCACAGUUGCUCUGAUCUUGCAGGAGAGAUGGCAGCUGCAUUGGCUGCAGCUUCGAUCGUGUUCAAGGACAGCAAGACUUAUUCCGAGAAGCUUGCUCAUGGUGCCAGGACUCUGUUCAAGUAUGGGAGAGACCAAAGGGGUAGAUAUAGCCCGGGAGGCUCCGAUCCUUCGCUCUUCUAUAACUCCACUAGUUACUGGGAUGAGUAUGUGUGGGGCGGUGCAUGGUUGUAUUUUGCCACCGGCAACUCCUCCUAUCUCCAACUUGCUACUGCUCCAGGCUUAGCCAAACAUGCAGGUGCCUUCUGGGGUGGCCCGGAUUAUGGAGUAUUCAGCUGGGACAACAAGCUUGCAGGUUCUCAAGUUCUUCUCAGCAGGUUGCGGCUGUUCCUGAGUCCAGGUUAUCCGUAUGAAGAAAUAUUGAGUACAUUCCACAAUCAGACAGGCAAUAUUAUGUGCUCAUACUUGCCGUAUUUUACAUCAUUUAAUCGAACCAAAGGUGGUCUGAUACAACUGAACCAUGGAAGACCUCAACCACUCCAAUAUGUUGUCAAUGCAGCUUUCCUUGCCUCGGUAUAUAGUGAUUAUCUUGAUGCUGCAGAUACACCAGGAUGGUAUUGUGGACCUAAUUUCUACUCGACCGAUGUCCUCCGUGAUUUUGCCAAGACCCAGAUUGAUUACAUCCUGGGCAACAAUCCUCAGAAGAUGAGCUACGUUGUUGGAUAUGGCAAACGUUAUCCUAAGCAUGUUCAUCACCGAGGUGCAUCGAUUCCCAAGAACGGGGUGAAGUACAGUUGCAAAGGAGGAUGGAAGUGGAGAGACACCAAAAAGCCGAAUCCUAACACCAUCGUUGGUGCCAUGGUCGCCGGUCCUGACAGGCACGAUGGAUUCAAAGACGUUCGGACAAACUAUAACUACACAGAGCCAACACUAGCAGGAAAUGCUGGUCUGGUUGCAGCACUGGUCUCUUUGUCUGGAGUAACGACCGGCAUUGAUAAGAACACUAUCUUCUCUGCAGUUCCUCCAAUGUUUCCUACUCCUCCACCUCCACCAUCAGCUUGGAAGCCAUAGUUUGAUACAGAAUCAAAACGUUCGAUGUUACACAGCAAAUAGGAUUGAUGACAUGAAAAAAUGAACACCAGGAGGUAGAUUGAAGGCCUCUUCAACUUGUUUGAUCUCAUCAGACAUGCAUUUUUUUGGUGGUGAUUUCUCUAGUUAUCUGUUAUAUCACAAGGUUGUUCUGUGCAUAAUGCAUAAAGCUGAGACUGAGAUGAACACAACAACAUGAACAUGAAUCUUUUGUCUUUUGAGUGCUUAUUUAUUGUUUGUUUGGAUA